AUGAGCAGUUGCGAUAUAAAAGCUUUGGAGUGCUGUAGUGCAAAAUAUACGGCCCGUGUGUGUGCUGCUAGCAAGAAGGGUGGGGUGGUACAAAUAAUUUGGACAGCCUUCAGACUGGACGACUCAUUCUCAUCAUUUGCUGGGCCCGACGGAGGGCUUACAGGCUGGUUCACGCCGAACGAGGAUACUGCGAGCGUCAUCUGGCCGGAGUACUCGGUAUCUCCUCCGACCGCGUCCGGACCAGGUAUUCUUCUCCAGGCGCCAGUUGCUCAAUCCGCUGCACGUCCCAUCAUCCGCUCCUUUGAGUCGAAGAACAGUUCUUCUUUGUCUCCGAGUCCGUCGUCAGUUUCAGGUCUUGGACAGGAUCUGUUCAAGAUGGAAAGAAGCAGGCAGUCAGCAAGGGAGUGCAGGGCCAGGAAGAAACUGCGUUACCAAUAUCUUGAAGAACUUGUGUCUGGCCGAGAACGUGCAAUAGCUGCUUUAAGAAAUGAAUUAGACUUGUACCGAAAAUUUGCCAAGGAAAUCGAUGAAGGCAGAAUGCCAGAAGGAAUGACUGAACUGAUUCAGAAAACUCAUGCACCCGAUGACGCCCUCAAAUUCAUGGGGAGAAUUCGGCUUGGAGCUGAUUAAGGUACCAUACGUUACUUGAGAAAACGAAAUUGGAUGUU